AUGAGGCUCAUCGUCGCCGGCUCGACGGGCUUCGUCGCCACCGAGCUGAUCCACCAGGCCCUCUCACAUCCCGCCGUCUCGUCCGUCGUGGCCCUCGGCCGUCGCCAGACCCCGGUCCCGCCCGGCGCCGACCCGGCGAAGCUCAAGUCGGUCGUGUGCGACGACUUUGAGCAUUAUCCGGACAGCGUCAAGCACGAGCUGGCCGGGGCCGAUGCCUGUAUAUGGACCAUUGCCGUGACGCCCUCUCGGGCCCGGACGAUGUCGUGGGAGCACGUCUGCAAAAUCUCUCGCGACUACGCCAUCGCAGGCAUCGAGACCAUCUCUCGGCUGCCCCGGCACGAUGCCAGCAAUUCCCUCCGCUUCAUCUACGUCAGCGGCUCCAACGCCGAGCGCGAUCCCGCCAAGAAACCCUGGAUCCUGGGCGACUACUGCCUCAUGCGGGGCGACGCCGAGUCGCGCAUCCUCACUUUCGCGCAGCAAUCCGAGGGUGCGGUCCAGGCCGCCGUCGCCAAACCUGGCCUGAUCGACGGUCCGGGCAGGUCAGGGCCGUUGGUCAAGGCCCUCCAGACGGUCGGAUGCACCGUCUUCGGUUUGCCCCAGGUCCAGGUCAGCGAGAUCGCCGCCACGCUCCUGGACCAAGCUGUCAACGGCUUCGAGAAGGAUACUCUUCUCAAUGAUGACCUGGUUCGCAUCGGGCAAAGGGCUCUGGCAACCCGGCGGCAAGCAGCCUCCUGA